GGCCCUGCCGGCCACCGUAGCGCUCACGUGGGGCCGGCGGCGCGGCGGUCACAUGACCGGCCGGUGAGUCGGGCAGGGGCUGGCGGAGGUGUGCGCUGCCGCCGCCCCGCAUGGCCAACGUCGCCAAGAAGGUGUCCUGGUCCGGCCGCGACCGCGACGACGAGGACGAGGACGAGCAAGCGGGCGAGACUACCCCCCUGCUCAAUGGCACCGGGCCGGGAGCGGCGGCGGGCGGCCGGCAGCUCACUCCUUCCUCCUUCCUGCGCAUUGGGCAGCUGAGCAAUGUGGACCUCAAUGAGGACAUCCGUGAGCUGGAGACAGAGCUCCCUCGGCAGCAUCCCAAUGAGAUCCCGCACAGCGAGAAGCUCCUGUCGCUCAAGUACGAGAGCCUGGACUAUGAUAACAGUGAAAACCAGCUGUUCCUGGAGGAGGAGAGGAGGAUAAACCAUGCCGCGUUCCGCACGGUGGAGAUCAAGCGCUGGGUCAUCUGUGCCAUGAUCGGCAUCCUCACCGGCCUCGUCGCCUGCUUCAUUGACAUCGUGGUGGAGAAUCUGGCUGGGCUGAAGUACAGGGUGGUGAAGGACAACAUUGACAAGUUCACGGAGAAAGGGGGCCUGUCUUUCUCCCUCUUACUCUGGGCCAGCCUCAAUGCCAGCGUGGUGAUGGUGGGCUCUGUGAUCGUUGCUUUCAUUGAGCCCGUGGCAGCUGGCAGUGGCAUUCCCCAGAUCAAAUGUUACCUCAACGGCGUGAAGAUCCCACAUGUUGUCCGGCUCAAGACCCUGGUGAUCAAAGUCUGUGGGGUCAUCCUCUCGGUGGUCGGUGGCCUGGCUGUGGGGAAGGAAGGACCCAUGAUUCACUCUGGAGCAGUGAUUGCUGCUGGGAUCUCCCAGGGCAGAUCCACAUCUUUAAAGCGAGACUUCAAGAUCUUCGAGUACUUCCGCAGAGACACCGAGAAGAGGGACUUUGUGUCGGCUGGAGCUGCUGCUGGCGUCUCGGCUGCCUUUGGUGCCCCCGUGGGGGGUGUCCUCUUCAGCUUGGAAGAGGGAGCUUCCUUCUGGAACCAAUUCCUGACGUGGAGAAUCUUCUUUGCCUCCAUGAUCUCAACGUUCACUCUCAACUCUGUCCUGAGUGUUUACCACGGCAAUGCUUGGGAUCUCUCCAGCCCUGGGCUCAUCAACUUUGGCAGGUUUGAUACUGAGAAAAUGGGAUACACAAUCCAGGAAAUUCCUAUCUUCAUCUUCAUGGGAGUGGUUGGUGGGAUCCUUGGGGCCCUGUUCAAUGCCCUCAAUUACUGGUUAACGAUGUUCAGGAUCAGGUACAUCCACCGGCCCUGCCUGCAGGUGGUCGAGGCCAUGCUGGUGGCAGCAGUGACAGCGACUGUGGGCUUUGUCAUGAUUUAUUGCUCCAGAGACUGCCAGCCCAUCCAGGGGAGCACAGUGGCAUAUCCCCUGCAGCUUUUCUGUGAUGAUGGAGAGUACAAUUCUAUGGCCACUGCCUUCUUCAACACACCUGAGAAGAGCGUUGUCAACCUCUUCCAUGACCCUCCAGGUUCCUACAACCCUAUGACACUAGGCAUGUUCACACUGAUGUAUUUCUUCCUGGCCUGCUGGACCUAUGGCCUCACUGUGUCUGCAGGGGUCUUCAUUCCUUCCCUGCUGAUUGGUGCUGCUUGGGGGAGGCUGUUUGGCAUCUCCUUGUCCUACCUGACCAAAGGCUCGAUCUGGGCUGAUCCUGGAAAGUAUGCCCUGAUGGGAGCUGCUGCACAGCUGGGUGGGAUUGUGCGGAUGACGCUAAGUCUCACUGUCAUCAUGAUGGAGGCAACAGGCAAUGUCACCUAUGGCUUCCCCAUCAUGUUGGUGCUGAUGACAGCAAAGAUUGUUGGAGAUUACUUCGUGGAGGGGCUCUAUGACAUGCACAUUCAGCUACAGAGUGUGCCCUUCCUGCACUGGGAGGCUCCGGUAACAUCCCACUCCCUCACAGCCAGAGAGGUCAUGAGCACUCCUGUCACUUGCCUGCGGAGGAUCGAGCGUGUGGGCACUGUUGUGGACAUCCUCAGCGACACCUCCUCCAACCACAAUGGCUUCCCAGUAGUGGAAAGCAAUCCUGAUACCACACAGGUGGCAGGACUGCGGGGUUUGAUCCUGCGUUCCCAGCUCAUUGUCCUGCUGAAGCACAAGGUUUUUGUGGAAAGAGCCAACCUGAGCCUGGUGCAGCGCCGGCUGAAGCUGAAGGACUUUCGGGAUGCCUACCCGCGCUUCCCCCCUAUCCAGUCCAUCCACGUCUCCCAGGAUGAGCGCGAGUGCAUGAUUGACCUCAGCGAGUUCAUGAACCCCUCUCCCUACACCGUGCCUCAGGAGGCAUCUCUGCCACGGGUGUUCAAACUCUUCCGAGCCCUGGGACUGCGGCACUUGGUGGUUGUGGACAAUCGCAAUGAGGUGGUGGGCAUGGUCACCCGUAAGGACUUGGCCAGGUACCGGUUGGGGAAGGAAGGCCUGGAGGAGCUCUCGCUGGCACAGACGUGAUGUGAGGUGGCACUGCCCAGUGGAGACAUGCCCCAGAGUGUCAGAACUGGGGAACCUCUUUUGUGGGAAGUAGGGAGAGGACUGGGCCAGCCUGUGCAGGCAUCAUGGUGCCUGGAGCACCAGCAUGGCUGUGCUGCCCUGGCUUCUCUGCCUGUUGCUGCCUUCCCAUGUCUGCUGCCUCUUCUCACCCCUUCCUCUGCUUCCCUGAGGGAUCACAAUGCCCCUUUGGAUCUAUUAACUUCCAGCAAAGGCUGUCCCUGAGGGUGGGUGAAGGCUGGAGUGCACUUAGGGAGCAGAAAUGUCCUGCUGAGCUGGGUACAGUCCUCUGCCACAGCACAUGGCCUCCGUUGUCUCAUUCACCCAUCCUGUCUGGGACCCUAGUCCCUGCUGCAGGGUAGGGUCUGUGUGAGGAGCAGAGGACGUGGGGCUCCCUGUUUCUCCUGCCACAUGACCCGUGGGCUGAGCCCUGGUGUACGCACAUGUGGCUCUACCCCUCCUACUAGAGAAGGGAGCUCUGCCCUGCUCAGCUCUGCAAUAAAAGGGCUCCUGUGGUUCAGCAGCUACUGCCUCUUGUUCUUUCUUGGCUCCUUUGGCCACUGUGACCCCAACCUGAAGGUGGGGAGACACCCCUGGGCUUUGGAGCAGGGAUGGGGAGGGGGAAGCUGCCUUCUCUGGGGCAGUGUUUGCCCUAGUUUAUGCCACUCUGCCUCUCCUGCCUUCCUCACACCUUUCUGCUGCUGCCUCUCUAGUCUGCCCACACUGGGGUCCAGAGCCACUCCUGGAUGUGUUUCUGCACUUGCUGCAGCUUGUUCUGAUUCUUUCCAGCAGCCUGGGCCCCAUCAGGUACUCCCAAACACACCACCAGAUCUGGAUCUGGCCAGGGGCAGGGAGCAGAGCCUGCACUCCCGUGUAUAAGGAUAAAGGGUCUAAUCCUGGUACCCCCACUCCCAUUUCCCACCAUCCUUGUUUCCUUUGCCCUGGGUCUGUCCCCUUCUCUCUCAGGCUGGGGUGCUGUGGUGCCUUGAGGGCCUCAAUGGUGGAAUCCUGUGCUGAAAUAAAGCCUGUUUGUACUUUUA